AUGCCACUAGCAAAACCGCAGACAGCUUCUUUCUUUUUCGUUGCUUUGCUCGCCGGACUCUUCGCCCGAUGUCCGCUUAUAGAAACACGAAUGGAAAUAGACACGGAGAUGAAUACCGUAACCGAUACGGUAAUAAAGACGGGCCCGGAGAAUCUCCCCAGAAUCGACGCAGCCACAAUGCCUGCAGCACCGACUCUGCGUUGCUCCGAAAGGGUCCUACAGCCCAGACCACCCCGCAGAACACCCUGCCAACUCACGGUGUCUCACCAGCACGUGGCCAGAUCCGGUGCAGAGUAUUACGAGGCGAGCCACACACAACCACACAUGUGCCUGCGGAUGCCUCUAAGCCCCGUCGACCCAGCCCCAGAAAAUGACGUGGGCCCUGACGCCACCCUGCACGCCUGCGCCGCGUUCUGUGCCCCAAUCCCGCUCGAGUUCCGCCGCGCACUGCGCCUGGCUCUGGGCAGGACGUCCCGAUCGGGCAACCACCCCCGGCGCUGCGCGUUUUCUCUGCGUGCACGACGCAUUACGCAAUGCACGGACGGAGGAACGUCUCCAAGCAAUAUCCAUCAGUAUAAAUAG